UGGCAAACGACUCGAUAGCAGCCUUACGUGGCGGGUGCCCCGCGCCUUUUUUCAAUGAGCUCAUGUUCCCUGCGGAUGGAGGACGUAAGUCUCGAAUCGAUCUCAUCACCGAGUGUGUGUCUAAUCGGUCUAUAGAUGUGGAUGGCCGCAUAUGCGCGCCCUUUGCGACCUUGAGUUGUUGUGUACCUUGCCCUAUGACAGACUGGGCUUACCCGGAUAAUUUCACGACGGCAACGACGGCAGCAAACUGGGUCAAUGUCGUUGGCAUGGUUUGCUGUGCUUUUCUCUUGAUUUCCUGGAUUGUGCUUCCCGUCGAUAAGACACAUCGCCACUACCUGAGUAUCAGUCUCGCCUGCGCCGUUGUUCUCAUGAAUGUGGGUUAGCUCUUGUUUAGGGGUAUGUAGCUCGAGUAUAGUUAGCUAAUCAUCUAUAGUUGGGCUUCAUUAUUCCUUUAGCGGCUAAGCCAGAGCAAUGUUUUAACGAAAUCACUCCGCACGGGAUGGAUACAAGUUCCGUAUGCGCCGCCUCGGGUUCUUUCUUGCUGGCCGGUGGCUGGGCUGGUAUCAUGUGGGUUUUCUUACGAGCGCUUUCCCUGCAUCUUCAGAUCUGCUGGCAAUUAGUCGUGGGCCGGAAUUAUAUGUGGUUUUCUCAAGUGCUCGGUUGGGGUAUACCCAUCAUCGGCCUCGUUAUCCUCCUUGUCUUUAGCGGAGUUUCGUUCCGCUUUGGAGCUACGUGCCAUAUCAACCACGAGAACAGUUUGGCCGAUUUCUGGAUUCCGCUGCUGGUAUUUGCAGGCCUCACCGUUAUCAUUCAAUUCGCCACCUUCGGAUACUGCAUUAAGGUCUACCUCGCAUCUUUGACUGACAAUAGCGCCACGACCGAAAACUCUGGCAUGCCCUCUUACUCAAACAGCAUCCGCACUAUGACUCCUCGUCAGGCAUACCGAAGAAUACGCCGCGUUAUCCAACUUCAAUGGCGUGGUAUCGUCAUCGUGCUCGUUAUCAUCGCGGAUGUUAUCUUCUUCGCCGUUAUCUUUGUCUUCCUUGAUAACACCGUGGAAUCAAUUAGGACUCAUCCUGACAAGGCGUUGACUUGGGCGGCCUGUCUAGUCCAAUCCGGUGGUGAUAAAAAUAAGUGCUUAUAUCUAGCAGACGAAUUAGUAGUCAGUCUUCCGACUGUCACGGCGGUCUUGAUACUUCUAGCGAUGAACGGCCUUUGGCUACUCUUACUACUCGGCCGCUGGUCAAUGGUUACUGGCUGGCUCGACUUAUUCGGAUCAUACACUGGUUUACGUACCAAGAAAGAAUUUGUAUCUGUUGAUGCUCGGAUGGAUAUUAAGCAGGACCCCCGGUCUUAUGAAAUGUUGUCUCGCGAUUCCGGAAAAACAGACACCAUGCUGACGCCAAUUAGCCCAACAAAGUCGCCGACCUCGCGAGGUGGGCGCCAGACGCCGGAUUACUUCGGACAGACGGCACGAUACCAACCACACCAGCGGUCGUUCUCUUCACCAAGGCCGCCGCAACAGUUACAGUGGGAAACGACACAGGAGAGGUACCAAGACUCGUAUCCAUUACCAUCAAUGCCUGCGCAACCACACGGGUAUGAAAACAUGAACCCACUAGGGAUGAAUAGAAUACAGAGAGACGAAGAAGAAGGAUACGCGGCUCCGAGAUCCCAAUAUACCCAGCCCGGAGCACCCGAUUAUAAUCGCGACCAUGUUUUCAUCUGAGCAAAUCUAUUUUAUUCACGCAGGCUCCCUGCAUAACAACUAUCCUGUACAAUUUUUCUUUUGAUGUUACCAUAUUAAAACGGCUCAGUGCCUUGAACGUGUGGUGUUUUGGGGCUUAAAGCGUGGCGUCUCGGGAUUGGACGGAUUUUGUAUCGAUAAAAUCACUCUUUACCCUAGAGGCGUGAUCGACUGCAAAGAAUAGGCAGGGGCAUCGGAAAAUCUAGGAAGACAAAUACCCCAGAAGAGAGAGGGGGUUAGUUACCUCGGGGAAGAAGCAGCGAGGCAAAAUAGUAUAACUAAAAAAUAAGUAUUCAUAAUGUGGACACCGGGUUCAGGGGAGGAGAGAUGGCGGUAAGCCGGCUGGCUGGCAUGUCUCAUGUCUUGCCUCUGAUGCCUAGAACGAAGUAUUAGCAUGAAAGCUGACCGGGAGACGAAGCUACGCAGCGAUGGCAGCUUCGUUUCUUUAGGCAUUUGGCUUGUUGGCUUCGAAUAGGUGGCCUAUAUUAGUCUAAAUCAAUGAAAUGGGCUAUUCGCCUCAGUUUGACUUUUACUUUCUUGUUCGAGCGCGGUCUAAAGAUUAUCAUUAACUUAGAAUAUUCUUUUCUCAACGAAUCAUAUCCCAAAUCUG